AUGAUUUCAGUAAAGGAAAUGAAGAAUAAGUCUAGGGAGAUAGAAUUCAUUCUGCUUGGACUGACAGAUGACAUUUUUCUACAAAUGGUGAUUUUCCUGUUUCUAUUUUUCAGUUACAUCUUGAGCCUGAUGGGGAACUUCAUCAUCAUUGUCCUCACCCUGCUGGACCCCCGCCUCAAGACACCAAUGUAUUUCUUCCUCCGAAAUUUCUCCCUCUUAGAAAUCUCCUUCACCACAGUCUGCAUUCCACGGUUCUUAAUAAGCAUUCUCACUGGAGACAGAACAAUUUCCUACAGUGGUUGUGUAGCUCAGUUAUUCUUUUUCUUUCUAUUAGGAAUUACAGAGUUUUACCUCCUGGCUGCCAUGGCCUAUGACCGCUAUGUUGCCAUCUGCAAACCACUGCGUUACCCAAACACCACGAAAAGCAAAGUCUGCUACCAGCUUGUGCUCAGCUCCUGGGAAACUGCAGUUUUAAUUAUCUUUCCCCCUUUGCUCUUGGGACUCAAGUUGGAUUUCUGUGCUCCCAAAGUGAUUGACCAUUUCCUAUGUGACACUUCUCCAAUUUUUCAGAUUUCAUGCACAGAUACACAUUUUAUAGAACUGACCAAUUUUGUCUUAGCUAUGAUGACUCUUGUUGUCACAUUCUUAUUAGUAGUUUUUUCCUACACAUUUAUCAUCAAAACCAUUCUAAAAUUCCCAUCUGUUCAACAAAGAAGAAAGGCCUUUUCCACUUGUUCCUCACACAUGGUUGUUGUCUCUAUUACUUAUGGGAGCUGUAUCUUUAUGUAUAUGAAGCCAUCAGCAAAGGCAAGGGUGACAUUAACUAAAGGAGUAGCUGUGCUCAAUGCUUCCAUUGCUCCUUUAUUCAACCCUUUCAUUUACACUCUAAGGAACCAACAGGUAAAAGAAGCUCUCAAGCAUGUGCUUCAAAAGACAGUAAGACAACACUUUGAUAUAAACAAUAUAUCAUUAGAAUAUGAUGAGACGAACACAGUGGUCAAUGGCUCUUCCAUGUCAUUUGUCUUCUUGAAAAUGCAUAUUAUAUUAAGCGCAGUAAGCCUCCGUAUGCUUUAUUCGUUUGAGUAG